AUGGAAGGCAUCAUAGCCAUGGGCAUGGGCAUGGGCAUACCCAUCGGCAUGCCAGGCGCUCCCCUCAUCGGCCCCACCCCCCCCAUCCCCCCCAUGCCCCCCAUGCUCCCCAUCCCUCCCAUCCCCCCCAUCCCUGCCAUCCCUCCCAUGCCCCCCAUACCUCCCAUUCCUCCCAUGCCUCCCAUUCCUGCUGCUCCCAUGGCUGUAGCGGGGAGGCCUGGCAUGGCUGUAGCAGGGCCGGCUGUAGCGGGCAAGCCUGUAGCACCCAGCAUGGGUGUAGCAGCAGCUGGGCCUGUUCCUGCUGGCAGGCCGGCUGGCAAGUGGGUGGGAGGGAGGGGAGGAAAGAAGGAUAGGUUAGAAUUGACUGGGGGAGGUGGCAUCUGGCUCAUUGUACCGGGGACUGAGGUCAUCCUGAGGGGAGUGGUGUGGAGAAGGGGAAUGGGUGAUGUGAAGGAGGGGAGUGAGUGUUGUGUUGUGGCCGAAUCAAGAGGCCGUUGCACUCCUGCGACUGGGAGGGGAGUGGGAAAGCAGCAGAGGCGGGGGCAGCAGCAGCAGCAGCAGCAGCAGCAGCAGCAGCAGCAGCAGCAGCAGCAGCAGCAGCAGCACCGGCGGCGGCAAAAGCAAGUGGAGGCAGGUGGAGGUGGGUGGAAGCAGGUGGAGGCAGGUGGAGGUGGGUGGAAGCAGGUGGAGGCAGGUGGAGGUGGGUGGAAGCAGGUGGAGGCAGGUGGAGGUGGGUGGAAGCAGGUGGAGGCAGGUGGAGGUGGGUGGAAGCAGGUGGAGGCAGGUGGAGGUGGGUGGAAGCAGGUGGAGGCAGGUGGAGGUGGGUGGAAGCAGGUGGAGGCAGGUGGAGGUGGGUGGAAGCAGGUGGAGGCAGGUGGAGGUGGGUGGAAGCAGGUGGAGGCAGGUGGAGGUGGGUGGAAGCAGGUGGAGGCAGGUGGAGGUGGGUGGAAGCAGGUGGAGGCAGGUGGAGGUGGGUGGAAGCAGGUGGAGGCAGGUGGAGGUGGGUGGAAGCAGGUGGAGGCAGGUGGAGGUGGGUGGAAGCAGGUGGAGGCAGGUGGAGGUGGGUGGAAGCAGGUGGAGGCAGGUGGAAGCAUGAAUGAAGUCCUUAAGGUACGAGAACCAGGUUACCCUCCGUCAUAA